CUUUCUGGUGGUGCUGCACCAUUCCACAUUUUUGUAAAGGAGGAGAAAUUGAAGGAGUCUCCUCAGCCUUUUGCUUUGUUCACUCCACAUUCAAAUCCAACUUUGCUUUCUGGUUCACGAGCAGGAUCAGUAUCAGGAAACCUUCAGGGAAAGGCGAAGACAGGUGGUUAUUGUGGAGAUUGUUGUUGAAAAUGAUGGUGCAGAAAGAUGAUUUGGGGUUGAGUUUGAGCUUGAGUUUUCCGGAUCACAAGGCUGCUGCUGCAAUUCCUACUUUUCCUGUUCUUCACAGAUCGGCUAAUUGGACGGCGCAUGCCUUUCCUUCCUCAGAUCGGAGCUCUGAGGAAUGUAGAGUGGAGACUAGGUCCUUUUUUAAGGGAAUCGACGUCAAUUGUCCAGCGUUGGCGGUUGAUGCGGAGGAGGAAGGCGGUGUAUCCUCUCCAAACAGCACGAUCUCCAGCAUCAGUGGAAAACGCAGUGAGAGAGAAGCCGCAGACGAGCUAGACGCCGAGCGAGCUUGCUCUCGAGGCAGCAGUGACGAAGAAGACGCCGAGAAUGCGAGGAAGAAGCUCAGGCUCUCAAAGGACCAGUCCGCCAUACUCGAAGAAAGCUUCAAAGAGCACAACACUCUCAAUCCAAAGCAAAAAAUGGCUCUGUCAAAGCGAUUGGGGCUGAGGCCACGGCAGGUCGAAGUCUGGUUCCAAAACCGAAGAGCCAGGACGAAAUUGAAGCAAACAGAGGUUGAUUGCGAGUACCUCAAGAGGUGCUGCGAGAACCUUACGGAGGAGAACCGGAGGCUGCAGAAGGAGGUUCAGGAGCUGCGUGCGCUGAAGCUCUCCCCGCAACUGUAUAUGCAAAUGACCCCUCCGACCACCCUCACCAUGUGCCCUUCCUGCGAGCGGAUAUCCACCGCCCAUCCGGCGGCGCAGGCUCCGCCUCCGCCGCGGCCGGUCGCAUUCAAUCCCUGGGCUACAGUCGCGCCGAUCGCACACCGGCCGUUGGAUGUUCUGCGCUCUGAAUCGUGAUCGUUUGGCUGUGAUCUUCCUAUUUUCUUUUUGGUGCAUCAUUUUAUUUAAUUGAUUGAUGUUUUAUUAGAAUUUUGUUGUUUUUUUUUUUUGGAAAUUUGCCUUUGCCACUGUGUUUAUAUUUUAUGGGAAAGAAAAGAAUUAGCGCUUUGUAAGCUGUAAGCGUUGAAACUAACAUCAAGAACCAUCUUAGUUGAA